CAAGGAGGAGUUUUAGACCAGUAUAUAUUGGAUAAGCUGAGUGAAUGGAUGGGAAAACAUCGCUCCCUAUAUAUCCUGUGGGCGGGACCAACCGUUGUAUGGGUGAUGUUCCAUCACCCUGAGUCUGUGAAAAAGAUACUGAUCACAGCAGAGCCCAAGGCAGUUGGAUAUGGUCAGGUAUAUAGACAUGGUAUUCCGUGGCUUGGAGAGGGACUUCUGAUUGCAGGGGGUGCCAAAUGGAAGCGUUCAAGACGUCUGCUCACCCCUGCCUUUCAUUUUGAUAUCCUGAAACCAUAUCUCAAGAUCUACAAGUCGUGUGCAAAUCUCUUAGUGAAAAAUAUAAAGACUCUGUCAAAUAAAGGCAAGAGUGUGGAGAUUUUCAGCUUGGUCAGUUCUUGUACCUUAGACAUCAUACUCAGAUGUGCAUUCUCAUACGAGUCAGAUUGUCAAAACAUCAGUCAAGAUAGGAAUCCGUACAUCCAAGCUGUGUAUGAUCUGACUUUGGAAUGGACACGUAGAAGCAGUUCUCCAUGGCUUUAUACAGAUUUUAUAUAUUAUCUGACGAAAGGGGGAAAGAAAUUUAGAGAAAAUUGUGAUUUUGUGCACAAAGUAGCGGAUAACGUUAUAGAAAAACGUCGCCGAGCUCUGAAAAAUGAGGAAGUUUCAUCAAAGAGAUACCUGGAUUUUCUAGACAUUUUACUGACUGCUAGAGACGAAGAUGGUAAUUGUAUGUCAAAGGAGGAUAUACGUAGUGAGGUGGAUACAUUCCUGUUUGAAGGUCAUGACACCACAGCAAGCGCCAUCUCUUGGAUCCUGUAUUCAUUAGCUGAGCACCCAUAUCAUCAGAGAAAAUGCCAGGAGGAAAUUGACAGGGUUGCCAGUGAAACCAAAUCUAAAGAAUUCGAAUGGAAAGAUCUAGAGAGACUGGAGUACCUUACACAGUGCAUCAAAGAAGGAAUGCGGCUACAUUCACCUGUUCCUGGGAUUCUUAGAAAUAACCAGUGUUCAAUCACUGUUAAUAAUCACGUUAUCCCAGUUGGAAGUAUCAUACUCAUUAAUAUUUACAGUUUACACCAUAAUGCUGAAGUUUGGGGAGAAGACCAUAUGAAAUUUAAACCAGAAAGAUUCACGAAAGAAAAUAUUGAAAAGAGGGACUCGUUUGCAUUCUGUCCAUUUUCCGCUGGUCCAAGAAACUGUAUAGGACAAAAUUUUGCCAUGAGCGAGGAAAAGAUUAUUUUAGCAACUCUUCUUCAAAGGUUUACGUUUACCGUGGAUGAAACACACAUCGUUGAGAAACAGGUGACAGUGGUAAUGCGGGCUAAGAAUGGCAUUAAGCUGUUUGCUAUCCCAAGAUCCUUCAACAGGCAAGGACAAACAAAAAUAAGUUGUAAAGAAUUUGGAUUUUAUAACAUGUCGGGUUUUCUUCUAACAGCAAUUAUUGCGUUUGUGAUAAUUAUUAUAACCCAACAGUUUACUAAGUUUAUGAAGCUGAAAUAUGCUUUUCGUGGAUUCCCUGAGCCCCUCGAAGAUAAACAUUGGCUGCUCGGUCAUCUUCCACUAUUUACAGCAAAGACAUUCAAUAAGUCCAUAAUAGACAGGGUGUUGGAAUGGACGGUCAAGUACCCAAGAAUGUAUGUCAACUGGAUUGGUCCUUUCAAUGCACGGGUUGUGCUGAAUCACCCAGAAACUAUCAAGAAGGUCUUAGUAACCGCAGAUCCUAAACCUGUGGGUUAUGGUCAGGGAUACAGACAUGGUAUUCCAUGGUUAGGGGAGGGUCUACUUAUUGCUGGGGGCGCAAAAUGGAAACGCUCUAGACGCCUCCUCACUCCUGCCUUCCAUUUUGACAUUCUGAAGCCUUACGUCAAGAUCUACAAGUCAUGCGCAGAUGUUCUUGUGAAAAAUAUGAUGACAUUAGCGGAGAAGAAAACAAGCAUGGAGAUUUUUGGCCUGGUCAGUUCCUGUACAUUCGAUAUCAUACUCAGAUGUGCUUUCUCCUACGAAACAGAUUGUCAAAAUUCGAGUGGAACUGUACAUCCAUACAUCAAAGCUGUGAAUGAAAUAUCGUCAGUAUGGACCCGCAGAAAUAGGAUGCCAUGGCUUCAUCCUGAUUUUAUAUUUUAUCGAACAUUGGACGGUAAAAGGUUUAAAGAAAAUUGUGAUUAUGUUCACAAGGUAGCAGAAGAUGUUAUUGACAAAAGAAGAGAGGAUCUGAAAUCAAUGGACCUUUCCUCAAAGAAAUAUUUGGAUUUUCUGGAUAUACUUCUGACAGCCAAGGAUGACGAUGGCAACAUAAUGUCAAGAGAAGACAUACGCAGUGAAGUAGACACAUUUAUGUUUGAAGGUCAUGAUACUACAGCUAGUGCCAUAUCAUGGAUCCUGUUUUCAUUAGCUGAACACCCUGAUUGUCAGAAGAAAUGCCAGGAAGAAAUUGAAAGAGUCGUCAGUGAGACCAAAUCAGGAGAACUUGAGUGGAAAGACCUUAAUAGACUGGAAUAUCUUGCAAUGUGUAUUAAAGAAGGAAUGCGGCUUCAUUCGCCAGUACCUGGAAUCAUUAGAGAAAACCAAGCUCCAAUUAAAAUUGAUAACUUUGAAAUUCCUGCAAAAACGUCCAUUAUAAUCAGCAUCAACAGCGUGCAUCAUAAUCCUACAGUAUGGGGAGACGACCACAUGAAAUUCAAACCCGAGAGGUUUACCCGCGAAAACAUCGAAAAGAGAGACUCGUUUGCGUUUUGUCCAUUUUCUGCUGGUCCUAGAAAUUGUAUUGGACAGAAUUUUGCCAUGAGCGAAGAGAAGAUUGUUCUUUCAACACUCCUGCAAAAGUAA